AUGGUUUCUAUACCGCUGGAAAAGCGGCAUUGGGCAUAUGUCUGGGUCCCUAUCGUCAGUGCGAUAACAUGGUUCGGCAUGCUUUGGGCAAUGUUAAUUGUUUGGCUUGCAUCUGGCCAACCGCGAUACGUGUCACAAGAAGGAAGGAUCGCCUAUAUAUCUGAUAUCGGCGCGAGCUAUCUCAAGCCUCUGUUCAUUGCGGGGUAUACUGAGAACCCCGGGUUCGGAUUGAAUCCACAUAUGCGGAAGCGGGAGAAAGUGUUGAACACGCUCGCGUGCCUUGGCGCUUUGCUGGGGGCAUGUGGCCUAAUUCUUCUCGCAGUAUUCGACACGAAGCGCUACGAAAGUGCUCACAGGGCUUUUCUCCUCGUCUUCAUGGUUGGGGUCGCCCUUAGCGCCAUCUUCACGAUCGUGGAAUACCGUUGGAUCAGCAAGGAUUAUUCAUUGAUCAAGUCUCUGCGAGCAGCUUACUGGGCCAAGUUCAUUCUUGUAACAAUUUUGAUUGCUCUGGCCAUUGCCUUUGCAGUCACUUUGUUCGUUGCUAAUGAUGCAGGGGCCGUCUUAGAGUGGCUCAUCGCGUUCCUGUUUACAUUCUACAUCCUCACUUACUGGUACGACCUCCGGCUAGGAAAAGGGCGACAGAAAGGCGAGUUGAGGACGCCCCCCGAGAUGACAGAGGUUGCGUAA